AUGUCUUUUUUAGAAUGGCGAAAAUUUAACUUCUUCGACAUUAUUCAUGAUGCAGAUUCAAAAAAAAUAUCCCAAACAAUCGGUAGCUCUAAAAUAACUUCAACAAGCAGUGGACAUGGUCACUUGGUAACAUGUGAUGAUGAUGGCCUAGUUCAUUUAAUUACGCGUACGUUUCAAGUUACUACAUUUCGAGCCUAUCAGUCUGCUGUUCUUCUUUCUACACAACUGCAGUAUAGUAGUUUUUUAGUUACAAUUGGGGAAGAUGAACCAGAUACUAAUACCAUUCUCAAAGUUUGGGAUUUAGAACGAAGAGAUCGCCAAAGCACUCCAAUAUGUAUACGGUCUACAAAAUUACCAAAAUCUGAAAAACCUACUACAUUAUGUGUAACUGACAAUCGUUUGUUGAUGGCCGUUGGAUUUGUAGAUGGGUGCAUAGCUUUGUUUAAAGGCGAUUUGUCUAGAGAUCGGAAUUCUAAACCUAAGAUGUUAAAAGAGUUGGGUCAAGGAAUAACCGGAAUGGCUUUCAAAUGUGUUAACAAGGAUCAAUGGUACCUUUUUGUAUCUACUGCCUCAUCUGUGCAACAAUUUAAUGUUACUUCCAAAGAUUCCUGUCCUAUGACUGUUUUGGAUGCAGUAGGAUGUGAUUUCAAGUGUUCUGUGUUAGUGAAUGGACCUGAUAGUCAUUUUAUGAUUGCAAAAGAAGAUGCCAUUUAUUGUUAUACGGUUGACAGUCGUGGACCUUGCUAUGUUGUUGGAGGUCAAAAAAUUAUUCUUCAAUGGUUUCGAAAUUAUUUAAUUAUAGUAUCUAAAGAAAAAGGAAAACCUUUAAAUGCUAUUACUGUCUCUACUACUACAAAACUUUCUGAUGAAAUAGAGUCUAUUUCAAUCACUGUGUUAGAUAUCCAAAAUAAGUUUAUAAUUUAUACUACUACUAUGCCAGACAUUUUAUCAGUUCUACCAGAGUGGGGAUCAUUGUAUAUUUUAACAACUAAAGGAUGUUUAUCACAAUUGAUAGAAAAAGAUUUACAAUCAAAAUUGACUGUAUUAUUUAAGAAAAACUUGUACGAUGUUGCGGUACGUAUGGCUAAGUGUCAGCAAUAUGAUUCUCAAGCUCUGAUUGAUAUAUUUCGUCAAUAUGGUGACCAUUUGUAUACUAAAGGGGAUCACAGUGGUGCUGUAGAACAAUAUAUAAAAACAAUUGGAAAACUUGAACCAUCUUAUGUCAUCAAAAAAUUUUUAGAUUCUCAAUAUAUAGACAGUUUAACCACAUAUUUGCAUGCUUUACAUAAAUCAGGUAACGCAAAUAAAGACCAUACAACAUUGUUGUUCAACUGCUAUUCAAAAUUAAACAGUCUAGACAAACUUCAAGAAUUUAUUGUAACAAAAGACGAAAACAUUGAUUUUGAUGUGGAUGUGGCAAUAAAAGUUUGUAGACAGUCAUCACCUGAAAAUGCACUUGCAUUAGCUGAAAAACAUAGCAGACAUUCUUUGUACAUCAAAAUACUUUUGGAAGAUCGUCAUGAGUAUACAUCAGCUCUAGAAUAUAUUGAAAAACUUUCCAUUGAACAGUCAAUACAAACAAUUAAGCAAUAUAGUAACAUAUUCAUGGAAAAUGUUCCUAAAGACACAGUCAGUUUUUUGAAGAAAUUAUGUUCCACCUGCUAUACUACAACCAAUGUAGACCUGUCUGGAAAUUUAGCUCAACCUGAAGAUUUCAUUUAUUUGUUGCUUGACGACUCUGAAUGUUUAGUGGAUUUUUUGGAACAUUUUGAUAAUUUUUUUGAUAAAUGGUCUACAUCGUUACUGAAUACAUACAUUGAACAUUGCUUGAUUGUGUGGAAAAAUGAAAAUAAUCAAGAAAAACGUAGCAUAAUUGAAAAUAAAAUUGUUAAUAUUCUACAAUCUGCUGAUAUUAAAACAUGUGACUAUUAUCAAGUUUUAAUCUUAGCCACGUCCUUUGAAUUUAAACCAGCCAUAGUCUACAUUUUUGAACGCAACAAACAGUACUCAAAGUUAAUUCGCUAUUACUUGUCAUUAUAUGAUUACAUUGGCGCAAUAGAAUGUUGUAGGAGAUAUGGACAUAUAGAAUCAAAAUUAUGGAUAUUAUUGUUUAAUACAGCAAUGGUAGAUGACAUGUUUCCACCUUUUAUGUUGGAAGAAAUAUUAAACGAAAUUGAAAGAAAAUCUCUUCUGUCAGCUCAUUUUACUAUUACAUCAUUGGCCAAAUCUAAAACCAUUAAUAUUGGUCAUGUUAGAGCUUAUCUAACAAGUUUGUUUGGCGCUGAAAAAAAAACUCUAGAAAAGGAUAAAGAAAUGGUUGAUAAAUAUCAAAAAGAUACAGAAACCCUAAAACACACCAUAGAAAAAUUAAAAAAUUGUGCGGUCGUCUUUCAAGGCUUGCGCUGUAGUGCUUGCAAUAACCAAUUAGAACUUCCCAGUGUACAUUUUAUGUGUCAACAUUCAUACCAUCAACACUGUUUCCAAGCUUUUUCAGAAAGCGAUGAUGAUUGUCCAGCUUGUACUCCUAACAAUAAACAAAUAAUGGAUAUCAUACGGACUCAAGGCCAGAUAAAAGAUUAUAAUGAAGCAUUCCAUAGUCAGCUAGAACGAGCUACAGAUAGUUUUUCACUAAUAUCAGAGUACUUUGGUCGAUGUCUAUUUGAUGAUCUAUCUACAGUUGAAAACCAACUAGCUAAAUCAAAAUUGGUAUCAUCUCCUGUAGUAUUAUCACCUAAACCUGUAGCUCCAGUGGUACAAACACCACCAAGACUGAGUCCAAUAUUAUCUGUAAAAACUAUACAACAACCAAACACAAAUCCGUUUGAUGAAGAUGGCGAAGAUAUGGAGUACGAUGAUAAUAAAAAUCCUUUCAAUGAUGAGUAUGAUGAAAGUAAAAAUCCUUUUGCGGAUGACAGUUAA